AUGCCCGCCCGCUACCACGCAGACGAUGUCGAUCCUGCCCCGCUGGGCCAACCUCUUCACUUCACCUUUUCAGGCCGCACCGCGCCCAACCGUUUCCUAAAAUCUGCCAUGACCGAACGUCUCUCCUCCUUCCACCCCACCGACCUACCCUCUCGUGGCGUGCCGUCUUCAAACUACGUCAAUCUCUACAGACGCUGGGGCGAAGGCCAAAUCGGUCUCAUUGUCUCGGGAAACAUCCAGAUCGAGUACGAACACCUCGAAGCGACGGGGAACGCCAUCAUCCCGAGGGAGGCGAAGUUCGAAGGGGUGAGGUUUGAGAGGUUUAGGGAGGCAGCGAGUGAGGGGAAGAAGAAUGGGAGUUUGUUCGUGGGGCAGGUUAGCCAUCCUGGAAGACAAGUUCCCGACACGAUCCAGUCCCAUCCCAUCUCCGCGAGCGACAUUCAGCUCCCAGGCAAUGCCAAUGGCAUAACUUUCGCCAAGCCGCGCGCCGCCUCGCUUGAAGACAUCCAAAACAUCAUCUCAGGCUUCGUUCAUGCCGCCUCAUACCUCGAGAAGGCCGGCUUCGACGGCGUCCGUAAAGCCACCUCUCCUUCCUUUAUCCUCGGCAUCAAGCUCAACAGCCAGGAAUUCCAGGAGGGCGGGCUGCAGGCGGAGGAGGCAAGAGAGGUGUGCAGAAUCUUGGAGGAGAACACGUUCGAUUUUGUGGAGCUGUCGGGAGGGACGUCCGAGGCGUUGGGAUGGGAACAUAAGCGAGAGAGUACGAGGAAGAGGGAGGCGUUCUUCAUCGAGUUUGCGGAGAAGAUCGUGCCCGCGUUGUCCAAAACGAAGGCGUACAUCACGGGUGGGUUCAAGACCGCAGGAGCGAUGGUGAAGGCUUUGGAUACCGUCGACGGUGUCGGCCUUGCGCGUACUUUGUGCCAGGAGCCGUGUCUGUGCAGGGACAUUUUGUCGGGGAAGGUGAAGGGUGCGAUCCAGCAGAGGUUCGACCCGAACGAUAUUGGGGGCACGGUACUGGCAGCGGGGGCACUGCUCACGCAAAUAAGCAAGGAUCACGAGCCUGUAGAUUUGAGUUCUGAGGAGAACCUGGCUGCUUACUUGAAGGAUGUAGAGCUGUGGGUGAAGGCAUCUAAGGAUGGUGCGGCGUAUGGGCACCCGAACUUGACUGCCGCUAUUUCUUAUAUCGCGGUGUAG